AUGAUGAAUCAUCAUUCCUCGCAUCAACAUUAUAAUAGGCAACAUUUCAAAAAGACGGAAGAAGCUAUUUCCGAAGAAGAAGGCAAUUUUGACUUGGCACGUGUUGAUUCCAACAUGAGCACAACAACUACCACGAACAGUACUGAAAACAACAAUGGCUCCACUCCGAGCCAACAUUUACAAGUGAAAAUUGAUCAUAACCAUGAUGAGGAACUGCCGAUACAUGAAAAAGACCAAUCCAUCAACUCCUCUCCAAUACCCAACUCUCCCACAAACUCACCGACACAACCACCUCUACCAACGCCUCUACCAUGGGCGAAAUUACUUGUAGUAUUCUUUAUGUAUUUAUGCGACAGUUUGAGUAUGACUUCAUUGUUUCCAUACAUUUCUUUCAUGAUUGCAGAUUUUCAAUUAACAGAAAAUCCAACGGAAUAUGGAUAUUAUGUGGGAUUAGUUGCAUCUUCGUACUUUCUCUCACAAUUUAUUUGCAGUUUCAUUUGGGGAUAUUUAUCAGAUGUUGUGGGAAGGAGGCCAGUGUUACUUUGUGGAGUUUUUUGUGGUGCCUUUUGUGUGAUGGCAUUUGGUUUUUCCAAAUGGUUUUGGUGGGCAUGUAUUUGCAGAUUUAUGUUUGGAUUAUUGAAUGGCAAUCUUGGAGUUACAAAGAGCUAUCUGGGAGAAAUCACAGACAGUACCAAUCAAACUCGAGCGUUUGCUCUGACAAGCAUUACGUUUGGUAUUUCAUCCGUGUUGGGUCCUUUAGUGGGAGGAGUUUUCUCUCGGCCUCACGCUCAAUAUCCUCGAUUUAUGGAACUAUUUCCUGAAUGGAUUCAAAAUAUUUCUCGAAUAUUUCCUUACAUUCUUCCUAACUUUAUAAUUUCCACUCUUGCAUUUACUGGAUUUGUCAUUGGAUAUUUUCGACUGCAAGAGACAAACAAAUCUGGAUGGUAUUAUCGAAAAUUUUGCAAAACUGAACCAGUGACAGAUAAUGACGGCAUGGAACUGACAGAAAUGAAAAUCUCAACAGCAAAUGGUUCCAAAAACGAAGAAGAGGAUUCUCGAAUGACUUCUCCUCCUUCAAUGAGUAUGUCACGUGUGAAUUUAUUAUCGGGGGAUGGCAACCAAGAAAAUGCUUCGAUCAAUGCCAACGAAGAUUUUGAAGAAGAGACAGCAUUACAGCCACGUAAUACCUUAUUCCAGAGGAUCAAACAACGAAUCAAGUUGAUUUUCAGUAAUGAAAUGUUAUCUACAGCAGCACCACUUACGACGUGUACUUUGUACAUGCUUCUUGGUGCGAAACAAGUCAUGUUCGAUGAGUGCCUUCCUUUACUUGCAGUCAUGCCAAUCGACAAGGGAGGAAUGGGAAUGUCUUCCUACCAAUUAGGAUUGGUAGGAGGCUUUUUAGGAUUUAUUAUAAUUUUUCAUCAAGUGUUUAUUGCUCAUCAUGUCAUCAAGAGAUUUUCAGCCUUAUACUGUUAUAGAGCGAGCUUGUUCGCAGAUGUGAUUUUAAGCUUGAUCACACCAGAAAUUAUUUGGCUCGUUGUGGAUGACAAUUCACCCGCUUGGAGAGUUAUUUUAUUUUGGAUUACCUUAAUUCUGUUACUUUUAUUGAGACAAGUGGCAAAUGGUUAUUCCUUCUUGGGAACUUUCUUAUUUACAAACAAUAGUGUUUCAAAAAAGAAUUAUGGAAAAUUGAAUGGUACAGCACAAUCCAUGGUGGCACUGUCUAGAAUGAUCUCUCCUGUUGUAGGUGGAGCCAUUUUCGCAAUUUCAGUUUCCUCGUCAUUUGUUUUAGGCCAUCGUGUGAUUUUCUACAUUAUUGCUGGAACUAGUGUAUUCAUGUUUGUGUUUUCUUUUGUUCUCAACGCAAAAAUCAACAAGCCCAAGGAAGACUCAAUCCAUUCUUCUUCUUCUUCUACUAACAAUACUACCAAUACCGUUUCAGAAGAGAAGUGA